AUGCUGGACUUCCACCUUGGUUCUGUCCGAGCCCUUGAAAGGCAGCGUCAGUUCCGGUCAAACCCAAGUGCCGUCACUGCUGCUCAGUAUUUUGGACAAAACAUUGAAUUGCUAGUAGUUGAGGGUGUCAGCAAGGUGUAUCACGUGCCACUCGAAGCCACAUUGGCCGAGAGUGUGGCAUUGGCGAUAGAGAGUGUGGCGUCCGUCAAUGACUGCAGUGUCGUUUUGGGAACAUCCACCAAGUUUUCAUCCACGGUCAUUCCUAGAGCAGCUGCGUUGCUCGGUGUCAGUCCAAUCACCGACAUUCUUGAAAUUCUGGAUGACAACACCUUUGUUCGUUUCAAGCAUGCCGACAACGUCUUGGAAAAGGUACCUAUUGAGGAUCCUACCAAACGCAAAGUAUUGUCCAUUCGACCAACCUCGUUUGACAAAGCGCCCUUGACGGCCGUCGGCGAAGUCGCUGUUACCGACGUGAAACCAAUCAUACAACGGCACAUGCCAGCUCCUCAGAAUGCUCAGAAUGAGGAUGAUAGCACCGCAGACGAUGGCCUCGCUACGCUACGAAAUGAUGAUGACACAAACAACAAAAACUAUUACGAAGGCAAUCGGAAACCAAUCAAACGUACCGAUUCGAAGGAUGAUGACACGAUAAGCACUAGCAGUGGUCGGAGCAGUCAAGAGACAACGGACAGUAUUCCACCUUAUGAUGACAAAACACUUGGAGACUACAUCACCAAUGAGGACGAAUGGUUCAAGGAUGACAUUACUGACAAGCAGAAGAGGUUAUCUACCUCUCUACUGAUCGAGGGUUUGAAAGAAAAUGAAGAUUUUGUCAAAGCGACUCAAAAAUAUCUUAAGAUCGACUUGGCUAGAUUCUUGAAUGAUGCACCAUAUCAAUCAAAGCGGGUGGCAGGCAUUGACUACGACAUCAAAGACAGCCACAUGUUAUACAAAUAUACAAACGAGACUUGA